GCUGCGCGCGGCCUCUGAGGAACCCUGCAUGCUGCUGAGUGUCCACAGGUUCACCACCAUCCCUGCUGAGCAGGAAAUCAUGUGUGACAUCAAGAAGAAGCUGUGUUAUGUCACCCAGGACUUUGAGCAGGAGAUGGCCACCCAGCCUCCAGCUCCUCCCUGGAGAAGCUGUGAGCUGAUAGAUGGGCAGGCCAUCACCAUUAGCAUCACCAUCGGUUCUGCUGCCCUGAGGUCCUCUUCCAGUCUUCCUUCCUGGACAGGAAUCCUGUGGCAUCCUCAAAAUACCUUCAACUCCAACAUGAAGUGUGACGUUGACAACCACAAGGACCUCAAAAUCAACAUUGGGCUAUCAGGGGGCACCACCGUGUCCCCCAGCAUUGCUGAUGAGAUGCAAGAGACCACCGCCCUGUCGCCCAACACCAUGAAGAUCAAGAUCAUUGCACAGCCUGAGUACAAGUACCCUGUGUGGAUUGGCGGCUCCAUCCCAGCCUCGCUGUCCACCUUCCAGCAGAUGCGGCUCAGGAAGCAAACAGGAGGACGACGAGUCCCACCCCUCCAUCAUCCACUGCAGAAACCAAAUACAUGACCUCCAGGGUCUUAAUUGUUGCCGUACAGUUGCUGCCAUGGAACGUAAGCCAACCAGUGAUCCUCCAACAAGGAGAACAAGAAGACCUGACAAUGAAAGAGAUGAAAAACAACUACCAUUCUAAACUCAAUACACAAUAGUGACAUCUCAAAGAACUGUGCGGACCUGGAUCAGUCACAUCCUCAGAAGAUAACAGUUCAUCAGUUCAUCUUUUUGAAAGGGAGUCUGAUGAAGUUUUAAA